CAUUGACAUGCAAUGAGCCAGAUCCUGUUGAGGAAUUACUGGAAGGUAUGCUCAAGAAAGUCCUCCCACACCUUCAUCUGACACACCUACUUAAAGGGCUGAUUCAGUUUGUGAUCCUUCUUCACAUGAAGCACCACGGCCUCUCCCCAUUUGGUCAAUCUGUAACUUGAACAAAGACAAGGUCACCUGUGUUGCUAGGAACCUCUAACAGACCUCUGGCAACGAAAUGGGUUUCGCUGCAUUUAAGAGGAGUCAGAUGUUGUUGAGGACUCUCUGCCUCGUCCUCAUGGGUAUGGUUCUUUCCUUUGUUCUUUGGGAGGCUGACUCCAGCAGGCAGUCACUGUCUUAUCUCGGAAUACCACAGCAGUUCUCUGUGGACCUGCCCGGCUGCUCAGCUAUCAUCAGUGGAGAUAUAGAGGGUAAGAAACAUGAAUUAGAAGUGCUUUUGGCCUCCAGGAAGAGGCAAAACAUUUUAUCGGAGGAUGUCUACUUUAAUUUGACAAAGGACUGUCCGGCUUACAUUGAAAAGCGAGGCUUUAUUACAGUGCCUCUCAGUGAAGAGGAGAGAGACUUUCCCAUAGCCUACUCCAUGGUGAUCCAUGAGAAGAUUGAGAUGUUUGAGCGACUUCUACGAGCUGUUUACGCUCCUCAGAACAUCUACUGCGUGCACGUGGACCAAAAGUCCACAAAAGACUUUCAGAAGGCCGUGGAGGCUAUUGUGUCAUGUUUUCCCAAUGUGUUUAUAGCCACUAAAUUGGAAAGGGUGGUGUACGCCUCGUGGUCCCGAGUACAGGCAGAUCUGAACUGCAUGAAAGAUCUGCUCAACUCGCAUGUCCGGUGGAGGUACCUGCUCAACACCUGUGGGACAGACUUCCCCAUCAAAACCAAUGGGGAGAUGGUUAAGACACUGAAGGCCCUAAACGGGAGAAACAGCAUGGAGACCGAGGCCACCAACAGCUACAAGAAAGGCCGCUGGCAGUAUCACCACAACGUCACCGACAGUGUCAUCCGGACAAAUGUGAGGAAAAGCCCCCCACCAAUCAGCAGCCCCAUGUUCUCGGGGAAUGCCUACUUUGUGGUCACGAGAGCAUUUGUGAAACACGUGAUGACGGACAGAGAGGUUCAGAAACUCCUGGAGUGGGAGAAGGACACAUACAGCCCCGACGAGCACUUGUGGGCCACUCUGCAGAGGAUGCCCUCUGUUCCUGGGUCAGUGCCCGCCAACGUCAAGUAUGAUGUAUCAGACAUGCAGGCCUUCGCUCGGGUGGUUAAGUGGAGCUAUUUAGCAGGUGAUGUGAAAAAUGGAGCCCCCUAUUCACCUUGCACUGGUUCUUACAGGCGGGCUGUCUGUGUGUAUGGAGCCGGUGACCUCCACUGGCUCCUGAGCCAGCAACACCUCUUUGCAAAUAAGUUUGAUCCUGAGACUGACGACCUUGCCAUUAGAUGUAUGGAGAGUGUGCUGCGUUUCAAAGCUUUAGGCCAUAACCCACUGUCAACAGAGCAGUUUCCUACCAUUUAGUGAUGCUUGUCAUCAUUUGUAAUGUUAAAUAUAAUAGGCUAGACUCUGGUAAAUAUUACUGAAAUCAUAUUAAGUUAUUAUCAAAAUAUUAAGGACCUUCAACUGAAAUGUCUUAAAAUAUCCUGUUCCUGUUAUUUAAAAAAAAAUCAUCUCUUGUAAAUAUUCUUUGCCUGUUAAUGUUAUCAGAAUGUGUACUGUUUUGUUAUGUUUUUUUUUUUUUAAUAAUGUUCUAUAUUUUUUUAAUAUUAUUGUCAGGGUACUCAUGUGGAUCUUGUUAUGUAAUUUUCUGUAAUAUGCUGUGCCUUUAUUUAUAAAGUAGGGUUUCAAUGAAAUCUGCACUUGUGGUGCCAUCUGGUGGAUGUCUUGCUUUUGCAUAUAGAUUUAUAAUAAAAGAGUGAUGACAUAAAUGUGAUUUUA